AUGAACCUGGAGCGCGUUUCCAAUGAGGAGAAGCUGCAGCUGUGCCGGAAAUACUACCUGGGUGGUUUCCUGCUGUUGCCCUUUCUGUGGUUGGUGAACGUGGUUUGGUUUUUCCGCCCGGCGUUCCUGGCACCGCCCUUCGGGGAACAGCCCAGGAUCAAAACCU